AAGCCCCACCUCCGCACACCCAUCCCCACCUCCGGGCUGGGAAGUAAAAGCACCGAAUGGCCGGGGCGGCUGCUGCCAGAGGAAAACUUUUGCUCCCAGCCCAGAGGGACGGGGACGGGGACGGGUGGAAUCCUACAACUGCCGAUAAAGCAGACCUGACAGAAUGACGAGCACCGCUACAAAGAGCAGCUACCCGGAUCGGUCCAGGAAAACACUCUGCAGGAACCCAUUUCUCAGUAUCAAGUUCUUUGUUUUCUGCCAUGGGCUCCUGCAGCUCUCCCAGCUCCUGGUCUCCGGCUACCUGAAGAGCUCCAUCUCCACCAUCGAGAGACGAUACGGCCUCUCCAGCCAGACAUCAGGGCUGCUCGCUUCCUUUAAUGAGGUUGGGAACACGCUGCUGAUUGUCUUCAUCAGUUACUUCGGGAGCCGAGUGCACAGGCCUCGCUUCAUCGGCUGCGGCGCCAUCCUGGUCUCCUUGGCCGGGUUCCUCAUGUCGCUCCCUCACUUCAUCACAGGGCCCUACGAGUACGACCAGUCCGUUGCCAGCAUGUUCAGCAACACCACUGACCUGUGCCAGCCCGAGGGGAUGGAGUCCCAGGGGAACCUCAGUGACACCGUCUGUGCCCCCCACACUGCCAGGGAGAACCACGAGGUUCUCCUCGUCAUGUUCAUCGCCCAGGCACUGUUGGGCAUCGGCGGCGUCCCCAUCCAGCCCUUUGGGAUCUCCUACAUCGAUGACUUUGCCAGCGAGCAGAACUCCCCCCUCUAUUUGGGCAUCUUGUUCUCUGUGACAGUCAUCGGGCCAGGGGUGGCCUUCAUGCUGGGCUCUGCCAUGCUGCGUUUUUACGUCGACAUCGACAAAGUCACCGAAGGUGAGGUGCAGCUCACGAACAAGGACCCGCGGUGGGUCGGCGCCUGGUGGCUUGGCUUCCUGGUGGCAGCCAGUCUUGUGGCCGUGUCUGCGGUGCCCUACUUCUUCUUCCCACGGGAAAUGCCGAAAGAGGUGACAAGUGGCAAGGAAAGUGGCAGCAAGAAGAGCGAGGAUCUGCUCAGCCAGCUCAGGUCAAGGUCUGAAGAAGUGCAAAACCUCUCUCUAACCAAGUUCAUCAAACACUUUCCUAUGGUCCUGCUGAGGAACCUCCGCCACCCCGUCUUCCUGCUGGUGGUGCUGGCUCAGGUCAACCUCUCAGCUAUGGUCGCUGGUUUAGCAACGUUCAUGGGGAAGUUCCUGGAGAGACAGUUCUCCCUCACGGCCUCCUUUGCCAACAUGAUCAUCGGUGCCGUGAACAUCCCUGGGGCGAUGGUGGGCAUCGUGGUGGGUGGUGCCAUCCUGAAGAGGUUCCAGGUGUCCCUGAGGCAGUGCAGCGCCAUGUGCGUCCUGGGCAUGCUGCUCUGCCUGCUCGUGGCCUUCCCCCUUCUCUUCCUCGGCUGCCCCACACAGAAGGUCGCCGGUGUCACCUACAGCGAGAGCUCUGACUUUGCACUCCACACCAUGGAGUGCAGCCUCCAUUGUAAAUGCCCCGAGAAAGCCUACAACCCCGUCUGCGGCUCUGACGCUAUCGAGUACAUCUCGCCCUGCCACGCUGGCUGCGAGGUCGUGAAUGUCGACAACAAUUCAGUCCUGGUGAGUCCUUCCCUCCAAGCCAAGGCAGCAGGCAGAGAGCUUCCAGAUUCCCAGCCUCUGAGGACAUUGAGGUGUCCUUGCCCACCCACCCACUGCUUCACCCCAGCUUGGGUGCUGCACCAGGGACCCAGCUGCAACAUCUCCCUUGUUAUCCAGGAGCUUGAGUGGACUUCUUGCACAGAUGACACAAGAACCUUCUGCUUUCCCUUCGCACUAAGCUGUGACCGACAAGGUCACCUCCUUCAGCUGUGUGUCCUGUGGUGACACAGGAUGAUGUGCACUGAGGGAAGGGCUAAGCACUUUGGUCACCCAGUGUGACACCUCUUGUACUCAAGGGAUGCUUUCUCCAUGGGGUCAGCUGGCCCACCUCCACCAGGCUCCUGCUGCGAAUUGGCUCAUCUGUGUUCCUUGAACAGGGACCUGUGGAAACCCGGCUCCUAAUUCAGGCAUCAGGUUCUCUGAAACAGGCUGAGGUCUGAGCGUUUCCAUUUUUGCAAGGUGUGAAGGCAAAAUAUCCACGCAGGUGGCACAAUUUCAUGUAGCUCUGCUUUCCUGCAGCAGGUAUCACCCAGACUCACCCAGUACUGUUUUCCUUGGCUUGACACAAAAAGCUGUUCAAAAAUUGGAGUGAAUGACUUUUCAAAUAACUUGUCUAGCUCUCUUUCUUCUCCUCAUGCUCUCAGCAACUGUGCAGCACACCCAUGCUAACCUUGCUCGGACUUACCCAGGCCAUUGUGGCUUUGGAGUUCAUGCAGCAAAAUGCAAAACUGCCCUCAGCUCAAACUGCCCCCCUGAAGUGUGGGGGUGAAAUAUUAGCCCAAAACACACAGCUGAAACCUACAGUGGGGAAAAAUGACUCGGGUGUUUUCAUCAUAUAACUUCUUCUAGUGGUGCUGCAUGCCCCACCGUACAUCAGGCAUCUGUAGAUUGUGUAUAGGGAUGAAGAGAGAGGAGGUAAAGCUCACUUUUGGGGACUCAGGUAGCAAUUCUGUAUGCUCUGGGCAGGCCCAAUCCAGAGGGACCGUUGCUCCAACUCAGGUAGCAUUUAAAUUUAGCAUGGUUUCUCUCCCAGUUUCAGGCCAGGAAGACUUGUCUUUUA